AAAAUAAAAGAUUUACAAAGGUGCUGCUGCAGGUUGCGGCAGCGAAUUUGUUUUUCUUUUUAUGCUGUGCAGUGCGUUAACGUGUGUGUGUGUCUCCGUUUGUGUAAAAUUUACAACAGUUCCUAAAGAACCGCUCAUUGCGGCACGCCGCGCCUGACAGUGAACAACAACAAAGCAACCAGUUCUCUGUGCUAAAGAACAACAGUUUGAGGGGAGCAUAAUAUUGUUUUAUUUUUGAUGAAUGAUUUCAUUCUUUUGCUCGUGUGUUGGUGAAUGUGAAUUGCGACAAUAACAGAAGAGCCCGUUUUAUUCUUUUUUUUAUUGUUUUCAUCAAAGGAGUAUCUUAUAGGAAAAGGUAGUAAGUUAGGGGUAAAGUGCAAAUUUUGUGUUUAUAUGAACAACAGUUAACAGAUUGUGGUAAAAAGGUGGUGUUGAUGCCGGAAAAAUAAGUGACACCGGAGCGCAUUGCAACAGGAGACAGAGAAACAGCGAAGCGGCAAACGGAAGAAGUGGAUCAUAAGAGCAUAAAAAGAGCCUCACCGGAAUACUUAAUAAGUUCCGUGCUGCUACAGCAAGCUGUCCUAGUUGGAAGACGUCGCCGCCGGCCAACUUGAGAGACCGAUAGUAGCAGCAAACAGCAGCAGCAGUAUGCCAGGCGAAUCGAAAACGACGGCUCCAGCAGCGGAGCCGAUGCCAGCCGCGACGAAACCGAGCACACCGAAGAAGAAGCCCGCCACAUCGGGAAAGGCCGCUCUUGCGAAAGUCACAGUCCUCGAUGGAUCGAUACUGGAAGUGACAAUAGAUCGUAAAGCCCGCGGGCGGGACCUGCUAAAUUCAGUAUGCGCCGGACUGAACAUCCUCGAGAAGGAUUACUUCGGUCUGACCUACACGACAGCGGCUGAUCCACGCGUGUGGCUGGACCUCGAACGCCCGGUAGCCAAAUUCUUUCGCUCUGACCCGUGGGAUAUGAACUUCGAGGUGAAGUUCUACCCACCGGAACCGGCCCAGCUACAGGAGGACAUCACCCGGUAUCAUUUGUGUCUGCAGGUACGAAACGACAUCCUCGAGGGCCGGCUGCCUUGUUCAUUUGUCACGCAUGCCCUGCUCGGGUCGUACCUGGUCCAGUCGGAACUGGGCGACUACGAUCCGGAUGAUAUGAAGGAUAAGUCCUACCUGAAGGACUUUAAGAUCGCUCCCAACCAAACGCCGGAGCUGCUGGAUAAGGUUAUGGAUCUGCACAAGACACACAAGAGCCAAACUCCUGCCGAGGCGGAGUUGCACUAUCUGGAGAAUGCGAAGAAACUGGCGAUGUACGGUGUCGAUUUGCAUCCCGCUAAGGAUUCGGAAGGCGUCGAUAUUAUGCUGGGCGUGUGCGCUUCCGGACUGCUAGUUUACAGAGACAAACUUCGGAUCAACCGUUUCGCAUGGCCAAAAAUUCUGAAAAUCUCGUACAAACGCAACAACUUCUACAUCAAGAUACGGCCGGGCGAGUUCGAGCAGUACGAGUCGACCAUUGGAUUCAAGCUGGAGAACCAUCGGGCCGCCAAGAAGCUGUGGAAAGCAUGCGUCGAACAUCACACCUUCUUCCGCUUGAUGACCCCGGAACCGACAUCCAAGUCAGGUCUGUUCCCCCGCUUAGGUUCGAAGUUCCGCUACUCAGGCCGCACGCACUAUGAAACUCGCAAAACACCGGUUGACCGGCCUGCACCGGAUUUCAAGCGAAGCCUCACUGGAAAGAGACUAUCGAGUCGCAGCAUGGAUGCUCUUGGCCAACAAGAAAAGGAGAAGGCUGCCUAUAAGGAUCCAAAUAAGGACGCUAACAAGCGGCACACUAUGUCCCAUCCGCCGGACCAUAUUCCCGAUCUGGAAUCUCCGACACGUGGCUCGCGAAGCCCAAUCAAAAAGGACAAAAAAGAGCGCCUGAAGCGCGAGUCUAGUACUGGAACUGCUUCAGCGUCGUCACAGAGCUCACUAGAGGGUGAUUACGAUAUCGCUGCGUCGUCGUCUAACGUUGUUCAGAGCCAGAAACCUAUCGGCGGAAUCGCCGUCCUUCCCGUGCUUGGCAAAAAGGAUAAGGACAAGGCCGACAAGGAGUCAGCUUCGCCUGCGAAAGACGAAGCGACGGUUAAUGGUAACAACGGUAAUCAGGAAGCUUUGAACUCUUCUACCGAGGAGAAGACCUCCCCAAGCGGAAAACGAAGAGGUUUUCUCUUCUCAUCGGGUCGCAAAUCUCCGAAGGAUAAAAAAACUCCGGGAGGCGCCACUCCGGCUGCUGCGACCAACGGAGAUGGUAGCACCCGAAAGGAUACAUCCCCGGUGAAAGAACAAUCGCAAACCCAGCGUGGCCAGCAGCAGCAACAGCAGCAACAAGGCGGUAAACCAGGUUUCACUAAACCGUAUGAGUACUCGGAGAGCGAUCCGAACACUAGUCCUAAUAAGAAGAACGUAAAAACACGUGGCUUCCGCUACGAUGAAGACCCAGCGCAGAACCUGCGCGACAAGGAGGACGUCCAGUUGAGUCCGAACUCACAGAGCCGUAGAGCUACCGGGCUGGCAUUUAACUACGCUCCUGGGGAGGAUGAGAAGGUCCGUGAAUCAGUAGAAAAGCGAAAGGCACCGCCUGGAUCUGCGGCUCAUGAUGCAGAAGCGAAGAAAGAUAAACUUUCGCCGAAGAGUGCUGCCGGUAGAGGGUUACCAGGAGAGACAGACGCCGAAAAAGGAGUACGAACCAGUGCAAGGUCAUAUUCACCUAACAAGGGACGCGGUGCCGAUGGCGCUUUGACGGGCGCUGGGCUUUUCCGUCCAUUGGAUGAUGGAGCUCAAACAGAUCCCAAUGCAGCAUUCAUCAGUGGAGAGCAAGCCGGUGGUUUUGUGCCAGUUGCUGCCUCGACAGAACCCGCUAAGAAGAAGGUGAAAAUCAUGGUGAUCAUUUCGAGGUACGACCCAAAAACCAAGAAGGUAGACACAUCCCAGGGUGUAGUGGAGCACUCCACCGGUGUGCUCGAUACGAAGAGUGGUCAGAUCGAAAGUAAAUACGGAGUGAUUGAUCCCAAGGUAGGAACGGUUGUUAAUUUCAACCCUCGUACUGGUCAGAACGAAACCUUCCAAGGUCAAACUGACGCUAAAACCGGUCAAAUCCAUGUUGCUGGUGGUGUUGUUGAUGCAGCCACCGGAAAAGUCGACGACACGCUCGGACAGGCGAUCAUGAUUGCUCCGGAUGAUGAUUCAAUAGUUGAAAUUACAACCAUCACUAGCAAGGUUGAUCCCAACACCGGCAAAAUCGAUACAACGAAUGGAGAGAUCGAAAGAACUCGAGGUAUUUUGAACAGUAAAACCGGUUUCAUUGCUACUAAAUAUGGUGAGAUCAAUCCGAAAACCGGAGAGCUGAGAACCGUUGAUCCCAAGAGCGGUAAGGUGAGCUCCCGGACAGUUGCUGUCGAUAGAGACAAUGGACAGAUUACUAUAGUCGGAGUAACUGAUCCAAAAACCAACAAGUUGGAUAACAGUCAGGCCCAUCUGAUCGCCAUCGGUAAUCAAGUUGAUCCGGUUGUUGAAGUGACCUCUGUUUUGGGUAAACUCGAUAAGAAGGGUGUGGUUGACCCGAAGACGGUAGUGUUUGACAAGAGCACCGGUCAACUCGACACUAAGGACGGUAAGAUAAAUACCAAGUUUGGUCAGUUCGAUCUUGUCAAACAAACGAUUACCUAUGUCGAUCCGAAGACAGGAAAAUCCGAAACGAAAGAGGUCAAGAUCGAUCCUGUUUCCGGCCAGGUGCUACUGAAGAAUCAAAUCAACCCCAAAACCGGAAAAGUUGAUAAGGAUUUCGGACGAAUUGUUUCCAUUCGAAUUGUACAGAAUCGCAUCGAUCCAGCUAGCGGCAAGCACGUAACUACGGUCGAAGACAAGGACAUUCGUAUUGAUCCAAAAACGAAUCAAAUUUGGGUACCGGAGGGCAAGGACCCCAAAACUGGAGAAACGAUCUUUACCUCAAGCCAUGUUGAUCCGAAAACCGGAUACGUGAUCACCAUCUAUGGCUAUCUUAAUCCCAAAACCAACGACAUCGAGAAGCAAACUAAAUUAGAUCCUAAUUUGACCAAGAUUGAUCCAACUACAGGUCAAGUCUACUCCGCAACUGGUUUGGUGGAUGAAGCAACCGGUGAACCGCUGUUUGCCGCUUCACAGAUCAACGAAGAGAACGGUGAAAUUUACACCAAGGUUGGCAAAAUUGAUCCCAAAACGGGUAAGUUGGUGAUCAUCAAAAUUGUGAUCCUCACCAAGAAAGACGAGCGCGGAAAACCGGAGGAAGUUGAUUUGAACGGCGUAGAUCUCGAUCCGGUCACUGGUAAGAUCAACAAUAUCGCCACUAAAACAGUGUACGUCUACAAGAUGCACGAUCCGAUCACCGGCGAAACGUACCAAGUCGACCCGAAUGACCCCAGUAUCGCAGGAGCACGAACGACGGUUACCCAAACUAUGACACUGAGCGGUGAAAUCGACCCCGUCACCGGUCGUAUCAAGUCCGAAUGGGGACACAUUGAUCCCAACACCGGUGACAUCGACCCUGCCACCGCUAUUCGCGAUCCAGUUACGGGUAAACUGAUUCUGAACUACGCCGACAUUGAGCCGAGCCACUUUGGUAAGAACGUUACCGUCACCAAGGAAACGGUCCCAAUCACCCGGGAGCAGUUCUACCAAGGGAUCAAACAUUUAGGCAAGAAAGCGAUACGACGAGACUCGGAAAGCUCAGACGACGAUAUGGCCGAGUACGAAAACGAAAGUAUUAAGGAAAUUAACUCGGGAACGCCACGAGCGGCUGCCGGCGGAAAAUACGGCACACCGACGGUGGUGAAGACGACAACGAAGCAGGUUAUUACAAAGAACGAGGAUGGCGUGACACACAACGUAGAAGAGGAGGUACAGAAUCUGGGAACCGGUCAGAUAGUGUACUCGACGCAGGAACAUAAGGCCGACGCUCCGAGCGACAUUCAGGGUAAAUUCCUAACGGCCACAGCCGUAACCACACGAACCGCUACCACCCACGAGGAUCUGGGAACGAACGCUAAAACGCAGCAGAUGGAGGAAAAGACCGUCGCUACCACCACCACCCAACACGGUGAGCGGCAGGAACAGCGGGUUAUCACGCAGGAAGUGAAAACCACUGCCACGGUAACCAGCGGCGAUCAGUUUGCCCGACGCGAUAGCAUUUCAUCGACCAGUUCCGGCGAUUCCGGAACGCCAAUCGAUGGUCCGUACGAGGGCGCUGACGAUGGCUCAACGGUGAUCUACAACAAGAGCUACACGGGUGUUGACGAUGUUGCUGGCGCUUCGAAGAUCCCGACCGGCCCGAACGUGGAACAUCACCGAGUUUUGCUGGAUGACACCCAAGAGGGGAUAUCUGCCGAGGGAGAAAUCGUGUCCAGCCAAACGGUUAGCAGCAAAACGCGAACGGUGGAAACUAUUACCUACAAAACGGAACGCGAUGGUGUGGUGGAAACGAGGGUAGAGCAAAAGAUCACCAUCCAGUCGGACGGCGAUCCGAUCGAUCAUGACAAAGCACUUGCUGAAGCUAUCCAGGAAGCAACCGCCAUGAACCCAGACAUGACCGUGGAGAAGAUCGAAAUUCAACAGCAAACGCAAUAAAACAGCACGCGGAAUGCCUCCCGAGUUGGAUUUCAGUGCAGUGAGACAGGCUUGGCUUUUAUUUUGCGAAUCACAGAACGACGAGGUUUCUACGCUAUAUCUUUACUGAAGAAGAAACAGUAUCAAAAAAUCUUUUGGUAUUCUAUUUCACUGGUAAUAAGUUUAGGGAAGGCACGGCAAACAGUUGAAAAGCAGUCACAAGUUUGAUCGAUAGAGGAGUCGAUAUUGCGAGAAAAAAAAACGCAAAAUCGAACACGGACAGUUGCGUAGGUUAAGCAUUUACUAAUUUUAAUGAACCAAGAGAACAAACAUUUUCGAAACGCGAACAGAAACAAUCAAAUCGCUUGAUGUUUGGCAAAUAAUUAGUUCGCUAAGAGCAAACAAAAAGUAUAACACAAAAGAAAGCAAAGCAAAGUUGUUGAACAAUAUUUAACAAUAUUUACACACACCGAAGAGAAUGACAAGCUUAUAUUGAUUGGUGAAAGAAUAAUUUCACACGCUAGAAGUGAGCAGAAUAUCGAGUGUUUGCUUUCAAUGUUUCACGUUCGCAAAGCGCCUGAAAGAGGAGACAUUAAACGUGAGUUGUUUUAUGAAGGAAUCGCAAUGAUUAAAAAAAGUUUACUAAUAUUGCUGACAAAAAAACAAGAGGAGAAUUUUAGAAACGUUUUCUGUGCUCCUGCUGCCUGCUACCACUAGUGAUUGUACAACAUACACUCGUAGCUAAAUAUACAAUAUACACAUUUUCCCAUUUUUCAACGUACCUAAAUCAGAAUUGUAGCCAGAAUUACAUUUUUCCUAGUCGCUGUUUAAAUUCGCUAACCUAUAUAAACAAGCAGAACAGUUUAGCUAAUCGUAUUUAGUCAACAAAAUCGUACGUACCAUCGUGUUCAUUGAAUGGCACCAUUGAGAUAAUUCAUGGAAAAUCUGAACAAGUACCAUCAACUCUUAUAGCAACAAUCAGACGAGACCAAUAAUCAAGCUAGGAGCCGAAAAUGAAGCGACACUCGACACAAAAAUUGCAAGUUGCCUUAUUUUAGACCCGAGAUAACUCCCAAGAACGUUCGGUUAACGGUACCGCUGUGUACCUGCAAUCGACGAUUUCUCCUCUAUGACAAACGUGUUGUAUUCUAGUACUUUUAAUUAUCCUUUCCACUUUUGCAGCGUAACACUAGCAAACGUGUUCCUUCACUUGCAAUAAGUAACUUUGUCUAUGUUUUUUUCAAUUUCUAUUUAUUUCAUUACUUUAAUUAACAUUCCGAGGUAAAAACCACAACAAACUCAUUGCAACCGUUCUAAAACAACCCAAACGUACUAAACCCCACUAAUUUAUGUUUUCACAAUCUGUUUUUUGUUCUUUGAACGACGGGACGAAAAAGAGUCUCCGUGACAUUGAAAGUAUAAAAUUUGGCUUUCUUUCUGCAGAUCACUUUGUUGAAGGUAAAUUUCAGAAGAAAAAAUAACCUUUUCUUUCCUCUCGGCAGAGUUUACCACAGUUUACAAAGUAAUAUAUUUUUGUAAUCAAACAUUUUUUGCGUAAAUAUAAGGCACACAGAAUAAAAAAACUUGCUUAGCGAAGAUGAGGGUACGUGCUGUGUGCUCUCGAUUUCAGUUUGGCAGACCGCUCGUGUCGUAUAAUAUCGACCAUGUAUGUGCGUGUGUGCGAGCUUUGGACCCGCCCCUUCCAGGGGUGGACCAAACAAUUAUUUGUAUUUUUUUAUUUUGAAUUAUGUGCUACAACGACAGAAUAGUAACAUAGUUUUUUAAUUUUGUUUGUUUUUCUUUGUUUUUGUCUCUGUGUAAUCCGAUUCUUUCGAGUACAUUGCGAAAAAAAUAAAACAAAACAAUGUUCUAGUGUUAGGUCCCGAUUUGUUUACCCAUACAAACUUUUUUUUUUAUUUUGUAAUCAUUCUAUUAUUUUUGUUUUAAGAGAGAUUUAUUUAUGGCGAAGUAAGAGUAAACUACACUUUGGAUAAAAUCUUCACAUUAGUUUUUAGCGUCCAUUUUCGAUGUAGUCAGCUCGUAAUAGAAGAAACAAGAUAAAACAGCAAAUUUUGAAACAAAUAUAUUGGGCACCAAGCAACAUGUGAUGGAAAUACUAAAUGAAAACUACAAAACAUAGUAACGAAACAAAGGUGUUGCGAUAAAUGUUAAACCGAGCGAAGCGUGUUGUGAAGCUGCUUGAUGAUUUAAAACAAAAAUGCAAAUAAGCAAAUUCAAAGGUACAGCUGACAAACGCAGAAGGAAAAAUAAAACGGUUAAGUCUAGCUUAUGUGACA